AUGGCGUGGGUGCUUGUGCGGGAGGAGGGGUCAGAUCUGUACAGCGGUAUCUUGUCGUGGCCGGAAGAGGGUCCAGCAGAAGUGGACCCGGAGGAUGUGGUGUUAUUGGACGGGUCGUGUCCCGGUCCACAGUUCACUCUGACACAGUGUAUGUUGCGACAGCUGCGCUCGCAAUGCUCGCUCACGUCGCUCGCGCUGCAGUACUGCAAUAUCAAUUGUAAUACCACCGGUAUCAACCACUUUCCGCCAACUUUGAAGAAGCUAUCACUCCGCGGGUCGAAGUGUUACAAUCUGCCAUUGGAUAAAUCUUUUCUCUUCAACAUCCAAGAUUAUUUGCCUCAGUUGGAGUAUUUAGAUUUAUCCGAGUGCGAGUGGCUGGAGCCUGCCUCUUUUUUGCCGUUGAGCAAAGUGAACAAACUGACACAUCUUAUACUACGCGACUGUCAUCGAAUGGCGGAAUUCGUGGCGUACGCUUCGCUCGCGACGAGAUAUGGGUUCAGGCAACUUGAGUUGUUGGACGUGCGCGGGUCCCCGCUGGGCGACUCGGAGGUGUCAGCCCUGGGCUGGCUGCCCGCCCUCCAGCAGCUGUACCUGUCCCCCGCGCGCCUGCCCCCGCCCGCGCCCCCCCACCACUCGCACUGCCGCGACGAGCGGCUGCCCCCCCACAAGGAAUUGCAGCCAUGGGAGAUACAGGAACCGGAAUACUUUCAAAUAAAGCCACAGAUUGUGGAACCGAUAGACACUCGGGCCACCACGUCCAUAGAAGAUAUAGAGGAGCAUAUUGAGCAACUGCGUAACUACGAGAACAACAUAUGUCUUCACGGCUUGGAAUACAAUCUUUGCAUGGAAGGAAUCAGAUGUUCAACGAGAAAACGUGCUGACCAAUCUGUUAAAAAUGAAAAACAUACCGCCCAACCCAGCACUAGUUCCAAAGAUAUUAUAGAAGUGUCUUUAAGACCCAACGCUAACACCAAAGACAAUGCCCAAAACGCAAAACCGAGCACCUCCAAAAGUUCAUUCAAAAACUUUUUACCGCCCAAUGUUAACCCAAGAGACGUUAUAGAGGUCACUCUACGUCCCAGUACUAGUGCCAACACGAACGCGUCGAGCGAUCAGUCGAAAUCUCAAUCCGACUCUCAACCAAGCUCUAGUUUCAAAAGUAAUAUCCAAAUCACUUCAAGAGCCAGCACAAGCUCCAUUAGUUCCCCACAACCGAGCACCAGUUCCAAAAUUGAAACAGGACUCUUUUCAGAAGCCAGCACAAGUUCCGAAAGUAAUUCGCACAACUUUACACAGGAAAGCAAUAGUUCCAACAUCGGACUUCGAAACGCUUCCCAAUCUAGUUCUAGUUCUGAGGCUCAGAACUCUUUUCCGCGCCACAGUAUUUCUGGGGAUGUUAUAGAAAUAACUUUACGUCCUAGCACCAGUUCUAGUAACGAUACCCAGAAUCCAACAACACUCGAUAAAAUUGCUAAAAACGUUAAGCGAAAGUCUCCGCAAUCAGGUGUUGGUUGUAAAAAGUCCAGGGGAAAUUCCUCAGAGCCACCCAAAGACAAAGCACAAAGUAAUGACGAGAGAGAUGAACCAGGCCCCUCUUUGAAACGUGUACUUAUUGAUGAUCAACACAUAUGGCCGAAUUACAAAAAAGCAGAAGUACCAUCUAAAAAGAGUAAACUCAAAGAUGAACCACCAAAGGAAAAUAGAAACAGCGAAGAUAGUUCCGACGAUGAUGUUCCAUUGAAGAAACUAUGCAAAAACAAUGUAAACGAAGGCGCCAGUACUUCAAAGAGCUCAGCAGAAACCCCUAAAGUUCCAAAAGCGGACACCAAUCAAAAGAAGAAAUUCGAAUACGUCCGAUUCAGACAGAAUAUGGAUCCAGUUAUAGUGAGAAGAGAUGCCGACGAAGUAGAAGCAGAGGAGAGGGCUCGCGAAAAUAGAGACAGGGAGAUGCGCGAACGGGAAGCUAGAGAGAGAGAGAAUCCUGAUUACCAAAACAGGGAGGCUAGACCGCGUGCUCACGUAUUAUACGUAAACGUUGGGCAACAACUGCAUACAGUUUAUCGAUUAUCGAUACAUAACGAACCGCCUAUAUUUUAUUCGUUUGCCAGGAAUAGCCAUUUGCGAUUCCGACCGAAUGUAGGCAAUGUAUUCUACACUCCGCCUACUCCAAGAUUGGAUGCUACGUCUUUAGUGACGGAUUCUGCUGUCAGGAGAUUCGGUAAAGCUGAUGUUGAUGAUAUAAACAUUGUUAACAUUGGACCGUUUAGGCCAGGAGGUGAACGAGGAGCUAGACCUAAUAAAUCCAAUUUGAGGGUCUUAUCUAUAACUGGAUUUAAGAAUAUAACUAACAGGAGCUUAGAGCAUUUAGCUACUGCAGCACCUCAUCUUAGGUCGAUUGAUUUUAGCGAGAGCGGUGUAACAGCGGCUGGUGUUGAGAAUUUCAAAAGUCUAAGACCCGAUUGUGAGGUUAUAUUCAGUGAAUACGUAGAGAGAGAUGAGAAUGUCUAA